UUUUUUUUUUUAAAAAAAAAAAUUACUUGAUAAAUAUACUAAUCCAGGGUACGAACUUGAAGCUUGAAAUGGCUCUGGAAUGCAAUAAGUUUGAACGCCUUGGUGUCUUAAUGGAUUUCAUCACUAAAAAGAAGAGGACUUGGGUGCAUAUGAACUUGGAUGCUAGAAUGGGCCCCAAAGAGGAAUUACUCGUUUUCUUUGUCGAGUUCUAUUUAUCGGAUGAUGAGUAUGUGCUUGCAAAGUUGGCACUGGUGAAUACUUCAGACUAUCAGCCUGUUAGUAAAAAGGAUGGGCUUUGGUGUCGUUUUUGCCCGGAUGGUAUUCUUCAUCCAAUGGAAGGGUGUUUUUUUAAUUUCUACUCACCUCAUGCUUCAGUUGAAAAUUUGCUAGAAAAAGGGCAUGAAAGCUAAAUUAUGCUUUUGACUAAAUGAACUUAGA